CCAUAAAUGUUGCCAAUUUUGAAUUUUCACGAAUUUUCGAACAGAGAUGCAUGACAGUGACAGAUGUCAGUCUUUGAUGUCAACAUUAUCAACAAAAAUGAUAAUUAAAACGACAAAUUGAAAGUAUUGCUGCUCCAGCUAUCCUCCAGUGCAUCUUGAAGGCCUCUACUCUACGGUUGACUUAAUAUCGACGACUGCUAGAUAUAUCUAAAACACUUGAGGCUGGCCCUGGUGGUGACAAGUAUCCUGGUAGCAGAAGCUAUUAUUACGAAUAAUAAAAUAAUUGAAAGUCAAAUAAACGAAAUAUUAGCUUCUAGAGGAAUCUUGCCCUAGAAAGAACUAACAAUAAUAACUGACUAUAGUUACAUCGCUUCUUCAAUUGAAUCGAAACCAUCGUUGAGGUCAAAAACCGGCGGAUUACUGGCGUUGCGAACAGGAGUGGUCUAGACUAGUGGAGGCUAAGAGGCUUAAAUGAAUAGCAUAUUAAUCGGGCCGGCAGCUUAAUGAGUGCAGAGCGUGUAGUGGUGCGCCGCGCACGCCCUAGCGACGCGGCGGCGCGGGCGCAGCUGCUGCGCGACGCGUACGCCGCGCUCAACAACGAUGCCUUCAUGUAUUUCUUCUUUCACGAGGCCACAUUGCAAGCAGUAGUGCUGGUGGGUGCCGGGUUGUUCAUUUUCUUUGGCUGUGGACUGGGCACGCUGGCGGCACUACCAGCACUGGCAGCUGUCGCCGUGUUCCUAGCUGUGCGGCUGGCACAUGAUCAUACGGCAUCUGUACAGAUGGCAAUGCACGGCGGCAUACGCGCGGCCGCUGCUGGGCGCGGCGCUGUCGUUGCCGCUGGCGCGACUCGAGAGAGACCUCGUGGAGCCUGCGUGACGCGACGCACCGCCGGUGACGCAGCGACGACAUCUGACAGGCUGAAGCUGAAACUUGACGUCGGCGUUGUUCAACGACUGAUUACUUCUUACAAUUUGUCACUUAACGCCCAGUGAUAUCUUUAUGUCUAGCGAUAGUUACUAGUCUUACAAAAAAGAGACAACAAGUGACAAAUUACAAUUACGAGGUGAACAUUUAUUACGAAAGAAUCUCAAUAUUCCAGUGUCAUUUUGUAUGGGAUUUUGAGUUUCCAAAUCGUCCCGCUUGGCGCGCUGUUUCUAAAUCCCAUACAAAAUUCGACUUAAUUAACUAACGCAAACGCGUACGUCACGUUUCGCUAUCGAAUAAAUUUACACUAGGGGUUCUGAUGUAAAAUGGUUUUGCGGCAAACGCAUUUCGUUUAACGCUGUGAUUAUCGCAUAAGUAAAGCAACCGCGCGCUUAAGUAUAGUCAGCGGCAGCAAUAGGCAGCAGGGACGCACCGGCUACCGGCAGACCGGCGCCUACUGCUCCGGUGGCCUUGUCAGUCUGAACCAAAGAGAACUUUAAAUAGAGGUAUAAAGCAUAAUUCAUAUAGAAUUGGCACAUAAUUAGCAAUGUUUAAAAAUAAUAAUUCCAUGGCGGGAAAAAAAUUGACAAUUACAGUUUAAUCACCAACCUUCAAAGUAUUAAUGGUGAGAAUAUUAUUUUCCUAACUUUAUGCAUUUUAAAGUUUUCGACCAUGAAAAUUGAGAACAGGAGGUUGAUCGUGCACAAAUACUUCGAAAAUUCUUUUCGAUCCCGGACAAAGACAGCUAAGUCGCUUAGUAGAGUCAUAAAACGUUACAAGGACACUAUCAGCCGACAGGAAAACACAAACUAAUCGGAGGUCUGGGACAAAUAACAAGAUUUUGGGGAAAAGGUCCCAAGGUCACUCAAACAAAAUUCAGGACGGUCUAAUUACGAUUUAUCCCAAAAAUUCAAAGAAACUUCUAGAAAGAUAAAGAUGAUUCACCUCAGAGGUGGCUAUAAGAGCUAUCAAGCAAUAAACAGCCAAAUCGGAAGACAGAUCCGACAAGCUAAGACACUAGCUCGACUAUUGUACGACCCUUUCUUACCCCACUUUCUUAUUUUAUUAACUUAAAAAAAAAUAACAAUCUUCUAGUGCGUACCAAUUGUAUAUGAACUAUGCUUUACCUAUUGUCCAAGAAAACUUUGUAGCGGCGUAAAUUUACAGCCAUCUUUUGACACAUAAUUAAAACUUUUAGAACGCCAUUUGACUUUGAUCCCUAUUCUUUCACUGAUGUGUUCAAUUUGUUAAAUAUCAAAAAGUGGCGCCAUCUUACCGGGCACUACCUUUGGCCUUUGAUGGCGCCACUUUCAUAAUACACUUCUAUUUCAAAUUCUCUUUGGUCUGAACGAAAUUAUUACCAAUGCGGCUAGCUGUAUCUACCGCGCCUUAAAUUCCGUGAUAAUCGACUGAUUUUAAAAAUGAUCGCAAGUCAGUGUAUGUGAAUGUUAAUUAAGUGUUUUAUGAUCUGAGUGACCAAUAAAAUAAGUAUACCUAUUAUAUUAAAUUGGUAGUAUUGGUAAUGCUUAUACAUUUCUAUAAUUAUUAUUUUUAUUAAAUCAAUACUUUAAUACAAAUUA